AUGCAUUUCAAAGCAGUAGCAGGUCUGGUGCUCCUGACCUUUGCCAACCAGGCAAGCGCGUCGUGUGCCUAUGGCACAAUCUUGCAGCCCAGAGCAGAGGGCGGCACAGUCAAGGUGAACACAUUUGGAUAUGCAGGGGAAAAGGGUCCUGCGAGAUGGAUUAACUUGGACCCUACCAAGAACGCCCUCUGCACCUACGGCACGAAGCAGUCUCCCAUCGACAUGACCGCUGGGUCCUUCACCGUGGUCCCCGGCCGGAACCUGUCUCUCAGCAUCGCCGAUAGGGCACCGGGGACUGAGUUUGAGAACCUGGGCACCACGGUCGAGGUCGUCGCCAAGGGCGGCAACAUGACAUUCGGAAAUGUGCAAUACACGCUGCAGCAGUUCCACUUCCACCUGCCCAGCGAGCACCUGGACAACGGCACCAGCAUGGCCAUGGAGAUGCACAUGGUGUGGCAGGGUCCCGCCGGGCAGAUUGCCGUCAUUGGAUCCUUCAUUGACGUCAACGACGCCGCCGGAACCAAGAACACGGCCAUCCUCGAAGACGUUCUUGGAUCUGUUGAGAAGAUUGCCCGUCCCGGGACGAAGACCAAGACCGGGGCUCUGAAGAUGAGCGAGCUGGUCAAUGUUCUCUCCGCAGGCUCGUUCCAGACGUACGAGGGCUCACUCACCACGCCUCCGUGCAGCGAAGGCGUCCGGUGGCUCGUGUCGACGCAGAAGCUGGCCAUCCAGCUCAGCACAUUCAAGAAGGCCAGGUCCGUCAUUGGCUUCAACUCGCGAUUCUUGCAGAACAACGUCGGAACGAAGAAGCCUAAGCACAACUGCCUGGGUCUCGGAAUUUCCGUUUAG